AUGGGUGAGAAGAAGAAGGCUGGCGCUAUGCUGGUGAGGCUCGUCUCGACUGUCGGGAUAAGGUUUUUCCACGUGGUGAAAAAGACAAAGAGGCUUCAGAGCAAUAACAUAAAGCUCGAGUUCCGAAAUCCGUCGGGCCUCCGAGGGGCUGGAACGAGGCCGACGACGGGUCCUCUUGUUUUGCCUCGUCUCCUGGGGUUUGAGAUGGGGCUUUCCAUCUGUCUUGAGCCUUUAGCUGGUUUUGAGGGGCUCUAG